AUGGAAUCUACUCCGUUGUUGGCAGACAGAAAGCCAAGCGAUGAGCCCUACAAUGGGUACGUGAGCGACGGACGCUCUGUGAGCUCGAGCGAAGUGCACAUGAGUCGAUUUCGUCUCAUGAGCCCAGACUUAGAAGAUCCGGAAAACGCAGACCUGGCAGAGCUGAACGAUCCGAUGGGACCGGGUAUGGGUCACACUACAGUAGGCCAUGAAACUCGUUUUAUGCUUACGCAGUCAAUUCCUCUGACGAUGACCUUUUUUAUGGAGUAUUCACUGACGGUAACAUCUCUGUUUGUGGUGGGCCAUUUUGGCACUUCGGAAAACCUGGCCUCCGCGUCACUGGCCGCGAUGACCUUCAACAUCACGGGUCUCGCUGUAAUCGAAGGCAUGGCUACAUCUUUAGACACAUUUUGUGCCCAAGCGUUUGGUGCUCAACGUUUUGCAAAAGUCGGACUCUAUUUUCUGCGGUGUACGGCGAUGAUAGCGAUGGUGUCGAUUCCAGUGGCCAUCUUUUGGUGGACCAGCGCGUCGUGGCUGAAAUAUGUUAUCCCAGAGCAUCAGUUACUUGCCGAUGCCCAACUUUUUCUGCAAAUUACUUCAUUUGGCCUUCCUGGGCUCAUUUUGUUCGAGACUGGCAAGCGGUUUGUCCAAUCACAGGGGUUUUAUGAUGCCGGAACCUGGGUACUAGCACUGGUAGUGCCCUUGAAUAUUCUCAUUAGUAUUGUCCUGACAAAAAACCUUGGCUAUAUUGGUGCCCCAAUGGCUCUUGCUAUAACUGAUUGGCUGAUGGCCAUUAUAUUAUUCAUUUACUGCCGGUACUUUGAGCCUAGCGUAGGGAAAUGCUGGUACCCGUUCAAUGCCAGCUGGCGUCAUUUUAAGCACUUAUUUGAACAUUGGGGUGUGAUGUGGAGUUUGGCCUUCCCUGGACUGGUCAUGAUUGAAUCCGAAUAUCUCUCUUUCGAAGUUCUCACGAUCAUGUCCACCCACUUUGGAGUCGAAGCUAUUGCUGCACAAUCAGUAGUCGCAAAUGUGGGCUCGCUAAUUUACCAGAUACCCUUUGCAAUGGGCUGCGUUGUAUCAACCCGUAUCUCAAGCUAUGUUGGAAUGGAAAACUUGAAGGGGGCCAAAACAGUGGUUAAAUCAGCCUAUUGCGUUGCAGCGGGGGCAGGUUUGGCGAGUUGCUUAGUACUUCUCCUUGGUAAUAGACAUUUUGCCAUGCUUUUCACCAAAAAUCAAGAUGUUAUUGACAUUGCCAGCCACCUUAUGCCCAUUUUAGCAGUAAACCAACUUUACGACUCGUUGGCCACUUUUGGCGCCGCCAUAUUGAGAUCACAAGGAAGACAAGGUGUGGGCGGCGUGCUCAACGUGGUUGGAUAUUAUUUUAUUGGGUUGCCUCUAAGUGGCUGGUUUGCUUUUGGUCCUUUACAACUGGGGCUGAAAGGUCUCUGGUAUGGAUGUGGUGUCGGAAUACUGACGUUGGCAACUGCAUCAUCAAUUUGUGUUUACAUGAGCGAUUGGAGGCGUAUUCAUGAUGAAUUUCUGGCCAGAGAAGGCGAUGAGGAAGGUGCAGAUUUGCUCAGUAUCGAUACAUCUGGCACUUACUCAACUUCUUAA